CUGCCCUCGCAGCAACCUCGCGAGUUGCGCGCGCGCACCGCUAAUGAAGUGAUAAAUGCACGCGGCCGCGCCGCCCGCGCGCGCCAGUCGCCCGCCGCUCGCCCGCCGCGCCGCAUCGCUCGGCCGCCGCAUGCUUCCCUCACGCAGGAAUCUCACCCGACUGGUUCGCGCUCCGACCGUGUUAGUGCGCCGCUCUGGUGAACCCUUUCGCUUGUAAAUGUGCCGAUAUUUACAUAUGCGAGCUCGAGAUCGAGUCGGACUUUCGAGCAGCUUGGCCGCCGGCCGCCCUGGCCGCCCCUGGCUGGCCGCUGGCGCCCGCACCCAGCCCACCAUCGACGUGCCAUGAGCGACGUGGGUCCCGGAGAACUAUGCUGGGGUGGUGCUGGUGGGGCGUGGUGGUGGUGCUGGCGGCGACGGGCGCGGCGCGGGACCUGGCCGGCGCCGAGCGGCAGCUGCUCGCGCUGCUGGGCCUACCGCGCCGCCCGCCGCCGCGCGCCGCGCCGCCGCCGCCCGUGCCCGCCGCCAUGCGCCUGCUGUACGAGAGCAGCAGCGCGCUGCCCGCCGCCGCCGCCAACACCGCGCGCUCCUUCCACCACGCCGCCUCGCCGCUCGACGACCGUUUCCCCAACGAGCACCGCUUCCGCCUCUACUUCAACCUGAGCGGCGUGCCCGAGGACGAGCGCGCGCGCGGCGCCGACCUCACGCUGCAGCGGGCGGCGGGCGGCGCGGGCGAGCAGCGCCUGCUGCUGUACGACGUGGUGCGGCCGGGCCGGCGCGGGCGGGCGGCGCCGCUGCUGCGCCUGCUGGACUCCAAGCAGCUGCGCGCGGGCGACGGCGCCGUGACGCUGGACGCGCUGGGCGCGGCGCGGCGCUGGCUCGGCGAGCCGCGGCACAACCACGGGCUGCUGGUGCGGGUACUCGAGGGCAGCUCGCAGGAGGACGCGCGCGCGCCGCACGUGCGGGUGCGGCGGCGCGCGGGCGAGGCGGCGCCGGCGUGGCGCGCCGCGCAGCCGCUGCUGCUGCUGUACACGGAGGACGAGCGCGCGCGCGCGGCGCGGGAGGCGGGCGGCCCGGCGCUGGCCCGCGCCCGCCGCGCCGCGCGCCGCCCGCACCGCGCGCACCGCCGCAAGGAGGCGCGCGACGUGUGCCAGCGCCGCCCGCUGUUCGUGGACUUCGCCGACGUGGGCUGGAAGGACUGGAUCGUGGCUCCGCCCGGCUACGACGCCUACUACUGCCAGGGGGACUGCCCGUUCCCCAUCGGCGACCACCUGAACGGCACGAACCACGCCAUCGUGCAGACGCUCGUGAACUCGGUGAACCCGGCCACGGUGCCCAAGGCGUGCUGCGUGCCCACGGAGCUCAGCUCCAUCUCCAUGCUGUACAUGGACGAGAUGAACAAUGUGGUGCUCAAGAACUAUCAGGACAUGAUGGUGGUGGGCUGCGGCUGCCGAUGACGGCCGCAGCGCCGCUAGUGUUGGCUAGUGUUAGCUAGUGCCGGCUAGUGCCGGAUAGUGCCAGCUAGUGCCGACUAGUGCCUUCUAGUGAUACCUCGUGGACCCAGUGUAAAUAUAAUGAUAGUGGCCUCGAAUAUUGUAAAUAUCUAUCUGUGUAUAUAUUUCUGUAAUUACUAUUUUAUUGAAAUGAGAAUGUAAUAAAACUUUGAAAAGUGA